CAGUAAAACCCCAAACAAAAUCUCAAAAAAGAAAAAGAUGAAACUUUCUAAAGCUGCUAUGGCCGUCGCAGGAUCUUCUGCCUCUCGUCUUGGACAACCCCUUCGAUCCAUGGCAUCCAUUGCACCAACUGCUUUCCAAGAGAAAUAUCCUCAUCUGUUGCCUCACGCCGGGAUUAUUUCAGGCUACAACAACGAAGAUGGUGCUUGUGAGCUGCUCAUGGUGAGUCGUCUUCAACAGACGACAGACAAGAAACUGCGCUGUCUCGUCGUGACAGGAGGAGGUGACAACUUUCUGAGCCUGUUGGCUCACCCUUCAGUGCAGCAUGUCACCGCUGUGGACACGGACCCGAUGGCUCAAGCUCUGGCCCAAACCAAGGUAGCUUUGGCCAAGUCCACCCUUUCCAAGGAGCAAGUCCUGACUUUUUUGGGGGCCUACGACAAGCCGAUCGAGGACAUGGAUCGACUAGCUGUCUUUGAGGAUCAUGUCAAACCCCAUUUGGAACCGACAGCUGUUUCGACCCUCGAAUCUCUGACUGCUCCUGCACUUGAGCACGGCUUUGUCCUGUUUGGUGCGCUGGAGAAUUGCAACCGCCACAUCAACCACGUUCUUGAGACCAAGGAAGGUUUCUCACUGAAAGAUAUUUUCGAAGGCAAUUGCAACGAUCUGGACCGCUUGGAGCGAGUCCUGUACAACAAAGAUGAGCCUUUGUUUUCGGCGGAGGAGUACCUGGAAGUCGCAGGAUUAGACCGCAUCCUUCCACCACAUAUCAUGGAAGUCUUCUUGGCCCGUCUCAAGGAUGGGUUCCUUCAGAAGUGUUUGGGAGGUCACUAUCAGGUGGCAGGAUUGACUUCAUCCCACAUUGCUCGCAUGACGUUCUUGCACGCGUAUUCCGAUGAAUGCCACCCAGAAUGGCUGAAUGAAUCCGUUCGACAAAGGCUGCGAGAGACCGACUCCUCGGUGGAGUUUGUCAACUCGAACUUUUUGGAGUUGGGUGAUGAGGACGCCAAGUAUGAUUUGAUAUCUCCCAGCAACAUUUUUGAUUGGAUGCCGAUGGAGAAGUCCACGGCGGGCAUUAAAGCCGCAUGUGACAAUCUUCUUGCUCCUGGACACGGGUUGUUUCUCUUGCGAAGGGCUUUUGGCGGGGUACCGGACAUGGUUUCUGCGAUGGAGGACAAACUCAUGCUCUGCCCUGAGAUCACAUCCCAGACGUUGGCGGAAGCGGAUAAAGCUCCAUUCUUUUAUCGCAAUGAAGAAGGGAUGGCGUGUUUGCAGCUGCGUUAAGUGUGGUUUUGGCCGUGGAACUACAAAUAUACCAUAACCAAAUAUAAUGAGCUUCAAAAGGAUUUU